CAACCUACCACAUUGAAAAACCCUUUCUUCUCCUUUAAUCUCACUACAUUUUUUAGUGGUUUCCUUUUUUUCUUCUCCAAACCAUUAACAAAAAUAAGCAAAGAAAAUGGAGAUUUUUGGAAAAGUGUUAAUGUCGGUGAGUCUUAUGAUGCUGAUGAUGUGGAAGAGUGUGGAUGGUUACAGUAGUGGUUGGGUCAGUGCUCGAGCCACAUUCUAUGGAGGUGCUGAUGCUUCUGGCACCAUGGGCGGCGCGUGUGGCUACGGGAAUUUAUACAGCCAAGGAUACGGCACGAACACGGCGGCUCUAAGCACGGCUCUAUUCAACGGUGGCCAAAGCUGUGGCGCUUGUUUCCAAAUAAAAUGUGUAAACGACCCAAAAUGGUGUCUUCGAGGAACAAUCACCGUCACCGGAACAAACUUUUGUCCGCCGAACUUUGCUCAGGCCAACAACGCCGGAGGUUGGUGUAAUCCUCCCCAACAUCACUUCGAUUUGGCUCAGCCCAUCUUUCUCCGUAUCGCUCAAUACAAAGCCGGUGUCGUCCCCGUUCAAUACCGGAGAGUGGCUUGCCGGAGAAAAGGAGGGAUGCGAUUCACGAUCAACGGUCACUCAUACUUCAACCUGGUUCUCGUAACCAACGUCGCCGGUGCAGGGGAUGUUACCUCCAUCUCCAUUAAAGGAACGAGGACAGGUUGGCAAAGCAUGUCGAGAAACUGGGGACAGAAUUGGCAAAGCAACGCAAAUCUCGACGGCCAAGCUCUCUCCUUUAGAGUAACAACCAGCGAUGGCCGUACCGUCGUUUCCAACAACGUUACUCCUCGUAACUGGAGCUUCGGACAGACUUACACCGGCAGACAGUUCCGAGCUCAGAGGUGAUGACGUGGACUGAACACCUUAUGGAGACGGAAAAAAAAGAAAAGAGUUUACUUAUUAGUAUUACUGAUUUUGAAAUUUUCGCAUAGUUUGCAAAAAAAGAGUUUCGGAACUUUAUCUAAUUAACCCCAAAAGAGAAAGUCAAUUUUAAUAACCAAAUGGCGGAAAACGAGUUUUUCACCGGCAGCUUUUGUAAUUCGCCGGUGAGGCUGAGGUGAACAGAAAGGGAAGAAAAGAGCUUUGUGUUUUCACCCACCGCCUG